CGCACCGAUCAGACUCUCGCCCCGUUUCCUUUGUUCUUCGCUACACCAUAUUGCACUAGGUAGCUCGCUCAAUACAUACUACAGUACUACUGUAGUAUCCCUCUUCUCUACUUUAUCCAAUUUAUGGUCGUACGUUAGUUCUCUCGGGUUCAGUUAUGGAGUAGGAUAGGAGUAGAAGGAAGACGACUAUGGCAGGCAGCAGCAGCAUCCCAGCCACCACCGUCCGUGAGAUCCGUGUUGUGCAGCGCGCGGACGGGGCCGCGGCGGUACUGGCCAUCGGCACGGCGAACCCGCACCACUGCGUGCCCCAGGGCGACUACCCCGACUACUACUUCCGCGUCACCAACAGCGACCACCUCACCGACCUCAAGCCCACCUUCGCCAAGCUAUGCGGGAUGACGGGCAUCGGCAGGCGUUUCUUCCACCACACCGACGAAAUGCUCGCCACGCACCCGAACUUGUCCCUCGACGCCCGGCUGGACGUCGUGGCUACCGCCGCGCCGGAACUCGCCGCGUCGGCUGCCGCGAAGGCCAUAGCCGAAUGGGGCCGUCCGGUGGGCGACAUCACCCAUCUCGUCGUCAGCACCAACGCGGGAUCGCACGCCCCGGGCACCGAUGUCCGCUUGGUCUCCCUCCUCGGCCUCCGCCAUGAUGUCCUGCGCACCGUGCUCCAGCUCAACGGCUGCGCUUCCGGGUGCGCCGCCCUGCGCUUAGCCAAGGACCUCGCCGAGAACAACCGCGGUGCGCGCGUCCUCGUGGCCUGCGUCGAGCUCACUAUCACCGCCUUCCGCGGGCCCGACAAGGCGGACUCCUUCGACGCCCUCAUCCCCCAAGGGCUCUUCGGUGACGGUGCAGGCGCCGUCAUCGUGGGUGCUGAACCCUACGUCCACGAGCGCCCGCUGUUUGAGAUGGUGUCAGCUUCCCAGUACGUGAUACCAGACACCGAGCACAUGCUCACCAUGCAGCUCGGCAGCGGUGGCAUCGGCGGGACCAUUGCCACCGGACUGCCAAGACUGGCGGCGGGCAUCGUUGAGCAGUGCCUGCUAGAUGCAUUUGGCGACCGCCUAGCCGGCAGCGGAGGUGUCGUCGAAUGGAACAACCUCUUCUGGGCCGUGCAUCCCGGCAGCAGUGUGAUGUUGGACCACAUCGUCAGGGCACUCCGGCUUGCUCCGGGGAAGCUGGCGGCGAGCAGAACCGUGGUGAGAGAGUAUGGGAACAUGCUGGGCGCCACGGUGAUCUUCGUGCUCGAUGAGGUCAGGCGCCAAAGAGAAGAUCCUCAAGGAGAGGGAGCUGGCCAUGAUGAAGGCUGGGGGGUGAUGAUGGGAUUUGGACCGGGGUUCACUGUGGAGGCGAUGCUGCUGCACGCCGCUACCUAGGUAAUUAGAAAGAACAAAUAAAAAACACAUGGCAUAUAUAUUCAAUAAAGUGCAUGAAAUGCAACCUUUUAUAUUUCCAUAUCCACAUAUCACCUAUAUAUACGUAAGUGUAAGAAAUGUGAACAUGUGGUGUGAGAGUGGUUAAGUCCUGUAAGAGUGAUCUACAAUAUAUGGUUAUAAAUAAAAUUUUAGCUACUUGCAAGUUGCUUCAGUUGUAAA